GGCCCUGCCGCACGGGGGUGGACAGACAGACGUGGAGCAUGGGUUGGGGUGUGAAGGGACAGAGGCAGCUGACCCCCUGGCUCAGUCCACCCACAGCCUCCUGUGUGCUUGCACGUGGGGUGAACUUUUGAAGGUUGUGUCCUCAAGGUGAUCUGGACGACCUUAGACCCCAGAUGACAACUAUGGCUUCAAGGGCGCCAAGCCCCACUGCCUGUGGCAGUGCUGGCACCUCCCAAGAGACCCUCAGGGUGGACAGGGGACCUUGGACACUGAGGGAAGGGACACCUCGACCCCGAGGAGCCAGAGUGUCGUAGCCGUGGUGUCCUGGUUCCCAGGGCCAGUCCCGUCCAGAGUCGGGUGCCCAGGACUCGGCGCUCCCAGGAGGAAGUGGUGUUAUUAAUACUCGGGCCCAGGCUUGGAACAUGCUGUAUUUUGAAAGGCGUCAUUGGAAAGACCAGCGUGGGGGCGAGCCUGUCCACACACCAGGCGGCUGGCAGGAGCCCCAGCUGGGCCUGGUGUGUCAGCAAUCUCAGCAGAGAGCAGGUGACAACGUUUUUCCAUUGCAGAGGUCUGAGCUCGGAGGAGGCUGGCCAGGGCCAGGCCUGAGUCCAGCCAGCUCUUGGCUCGGACACAGCCACAGGGUGUCCUGGCUCCCAUGUGGAGGCAGAUGGAAGGGCCCAGGCCAGAAGCCCCCUGUGGCCUCAGAGCCACAGGGAGGAGAGACCUGCCUGCCUCAUGUUAUAGGAGAAAGGCAGUGGCUGCAUGUCCACCCUCGUGCAGCCAGCCCGAGGCCAAGGCCCUGUCCUCAGUGCAGACGUGGACGCUGCCCUUGAAGCCCUCUGGCCUGCCAGGGGAGACCUGGGGACAUGUAAUUCACAGAGGACAGACAGAGGGCGAGGCCUGGGUGCCACGGCCACAAGAGGGAGCAGGAGGAAUCAGGGAGUCUUCCUGGAAGCAGCGGCACAGUGGCAACAGUGCCCCCUGGGGUCGCACACAUGUAAGUGCGUGUGGCUGUGUGGGGACGGGGAAGGGGACGUGUUCUGAGGACCCGCAUUUGAGGAGGGCGGCAGCUGGGAGGCCAUGCGCACAGGCCCACAGCCGACUCAGGGCAGGUCUCCCUUCUCCCAGGCCGCAAGACUGUGCCCAGGAUGGCCCUCCCUCGGGGGCGCAGGGGCACGGUGCAGUCCCCAUCCCGCCUCUGUGAAGGCGAGAACACAACUGGGCAGAGGGAGGGAGUCGGCCGAGCGGCAGCACAGGUGUCCCCUGACCCUCAGCCCGGGGCGGGGAAUGGCUGCCCAGCUCCACUCCCAAUUCCAAAUUCCCAGGAAAGAGACCCCAAUGGGCCCAAAUUGGACUUGCCAGCUGUGGCCUUGGAGGGUGGGCAGUCACGCCCAGAGGGUCCCCCACAAACCGUCAGGAGGACGGAACAGGCACUGCAGGAGCUCCAGCAAGACUGAGCCAGGGCCAGCCCAGGACAGAUGGAGGAGACCAGGGCACACAGGGACACAGGCCAGCGCCGCCCUCAAGGGGCGAGAAGAGGGGAGCAGAGGCCGACAGCAGAAGCAGGAGACUUUACAAAAUUCACCUUCAGGCCCCCAGACGAUCACCGGAGCUCCCCGUAAUUCAACCACUGUGCCUGUGGCCAGGGCAGGAUUACGGCCAUAUUUAACUGGCUCCACCUAAAAGCGGGUCCAGAGUUGGGUGGAGGAGGGGAGGGUCCGUAGGGAAUCGGUGGGAGGUCAGGAGGAGUGACAGAAGUGGCUGUCUCUCCUCCGGGCCCAGGACCCCACCCUGGACCAGCCCACCGGGCUCUGACUCCUGUGGUACAUGCCCUGCCAUCACUCCUCGGGCCUCUGCUCAAGCUGCCCCCUCCACCCAAGCUGUGCGCACCCAGCCUCUGCCUGACCCAGUCCAUCAAGGCCGGCUCAAAGACCACCACCUCCAGGAAGCCUGCACUGACAGCUGUGCCCUCCUUCCCUCUUGUACACGCUCGGGUAAUUCGCUUAUGCCCAUGUCAUCCUAACUGUGGCCCACCACUGAGGUCUAACCCUGAGUGGAGACCCCAGUGGGCUUCCCAGGCUGUCACCGCCCCCAGCUCAGGCAUUGUGGCCAGUGUGGCGGGGCUAAUGCAGGGGGAGGCCCUCCCAAGCUCCACCGCAGCUGCGCUCCUUUCUCUGCACGGAGAGUCCUGGAAGAAGGGCCAGGGGCAGGGACCAGGGCCUUUUAUGCCUCAGGGCCCAGGAACCAGGGCUGGAAGCUUGGCCCCAGCCCAGAGGGAGCUCUUCAGCGCUCUAUUGGGAGCAGCUGGCCUGGGGGAGGGCUUAAAGCCCCGCGAAGGCGCGGGCAGGUGCUGGAGUGGAGGAGCAGUGGAGGCCUCGAGUGCCCUCUCCUUGUCCCAUCCACCAUGUGGCCCUUCCUCAGCCGCACACUCUUCCCGCCCCCCACCGAGGCCUGGCUCCAGAGGGCUUCCUCCGACCCUGAGGCCCAGGGCUGGGGGGCCUGGAGCAGGACUGAGAAGUCCUCUCUGGGGCCAGGGGGUGAGGAGCGGGAGGCCAAGGAAGCUGACGAAGAGGCAGGCUUCCUGCUGUCUCUCUUGGAGAGGGAGGACCUGGCCGAGUGCCCGGUACCUGACCAGGAGCUGGAGGCCAUCAAACUGAAGCUGUGGGCCAUGGAGCAGGCCCAGGGGCUGGAGCCGCCCAGGGUGCAGGCCCAGGCCAGGGAAGAGGCGGGCACGGGGACCACGCUGGCCGGGCAGCUGCUGAGCCCCAAGACAGGCUGCCCAAGCCCCGGGACCCCCACGGAGAAGGUGCAGGCAGACCACAGAUCCAUCUACGUGGGCAACGUGGACUACGGCGGCACAGCGGAGGAGCUGGAGGCCUACUUCAACCAGUGCGGGGAGAUCCGCCGGGUCACCAUCCUGUGCGACAAGUUCUCCGGACACCCCAAGGGGUGCUACCCAAAAGGACCAACUUACCAGGGAUCAGCUCCACGGACCGCGGGGGUCUGCGGGGACACCCAGGUGCUAGGGGAGAAGCCCUCCCCCACAGCAGCCUCCAGGGCGGAACCCGCUUCAGGCCACGGGGGCGGGGCCGGUGCCGUGCAAGAUGCUCGCCAUGGUAUUCACCAUAUUGAAGAGAUGACUGGACUCAGAGUGGGGCUGGCUCAGGAGUAA